CCACUCGGGAAAUGAGUUGGAAACCCAACGCAAAGGCCCAUUCCGAGUCAUAAAAAAGAUUCAAAUGUGGGCCCCUCGCCCUUUCGCACGUGCGACUUCGCUCCACACGUGUCAAGUUCGUGCCCACCACCAUCCCCGCCUCCCUCUCACCCUUUUGCCAUUUUUCGUCGCUUUUAGAGAGAGAGAGAAAGGUAGAAACUAGUCUUUCGCACUGCCGAGAAGAGAGGAAAUUACAACUCUGAGAGUAGGGGCUGUGACCUGAGAUCUCAUUCUCCCAACACUGCCUAACACCGUCUCACCAGCAUGUGGCGGAGACUUUUCUCUACCCAACUCAAAACCCUAGCUGCCGCCGCCGCCACCCCUCCUCGAUCCGCUUCUUUACCGACCCGAUCCCUCGUUUCUCCAUCCGCCUCUCACUUCUAUCUCCGCUACUACAGCGUCAGCUCCGCGGAGGGUGCAGUGAAGAAGCAGGUUGAAGAUGUAAUGCCGAUAGCGACCGGGCACGAGCGUGAGGAGCUUCAAGCUGAGCUUGAGGGAAGAAAAGUAGUUGAUAUUGAUCAUCCAGAUGGUCCCUUCGGUACAAAGGAUUCUCCUGCAGUUAUCAAGUCCUACUAUGACAAGAGAAUAGUUGGAUGCCCUGGAGGUGAAGGCGAGGAUGAACAUGAUGUUCUCUGGUUUUGGCUGGAGAAAGGCAAGCCACAUGAAUGCCCGGUGUGCUCACAGUAUUUUGAGCUGGAAGUGGUUGGACCUGGAGGACCUCCAGAUGGACACGGUGACGAUGAUCAUCAUCACUAGUUGCAGUCUUCAAUUUUUCCUGCUGGAAUAAAAUAUUGGCGGGGUGAGGAGGCAAUUCCCAGCGUAGACAACUUUCAGAAUUCAAAAGCCUUAAAAAGAGUUUUGGUUGUUUUGAUUGGUUCUUAGUUCUCGUGGUUUUCGUUCUUGCAACGUUUGAGAUAGACUGUUCACUGUGGGUAAAAUAGACACAGGCUGGUCUUCUGUCAUGAAUUGCCAAAUAAUCGGUGGCUACUAUUUUUUUUUAGUUUCAACUCAUUGUGUUUUCCCUUUUGGUCUAGCCAGCAAAAGGCAUGCGUCGUCAAAUAAAACUGUUGUACGAUCCUGUUCUCGCUCA